UGUUGCUCAAGAGUUGGAGAGGAUACUGUGCUUAGUUACUGUUGGAAUUUAAGGGAGAUUCCACAAGGUAUAGGAGAAAUACCGACACUGGAAUUGAUUGAAGUGGAUUCUAGUUUCGAGUCUCUCGGGGAGUCAGCAAAGCAGAUAGCUGAGGAUCAACAGAGCUAUGGAAAUAUUAUGAUCUUCAUGUUCGUGUCAAAAAAUAUGCUUUUUUCGAGACUUUGAGGGAGCGGUUGCUGCAGCAUCAGUUGCGGCAGGCAGGCGGAAGCUCUUGUUUAGACAUUCAAGUUAUGGCAGCUUAUGCCGCUCUUGCUUCCCUUGCUCAAACCACAGCUCUCAAUUCAAAUCACGCCAUAUCUCGCUUCUCUAUCGAUGCAAAUCACAAAAUUACAUCGAUCAAUGAGUAUGUCCUCAUCUUGCUUACCUUCCUCAAAGAUUAUCCAGAUAAAUCCAACCCUUGGGAAGACAAGCUGAGGGAUUUAGCUCGUGAAGCUGAAGAUAUCAUCGAACAUUUUACGUGGAAGCAAUCGUAUUAUGGAAGGAAGAAACUAUCAAGCUUGAAUUUUGAAGAAGCUCUCAGAGACGUAACGGAGAAAUUCCGGUUAUUUCUUGGAGAUGUGAUGGAUGAGCAAACUUUUUCUCCAUCUAUUUCCCUCUCAUCAUCAUCAGCAUCAAGAGUUGCAGCUACUGGCAACGGUGUGGCGAUUGGUUUGAAUGAAGAUGUGAUGGCGAUAAAGGAUCGGCUUUGUGGGCUUUCAUCCAAACUCGAAGUUGUGUCCAUUUUGGGGAUGGGUGGAAUCGGUAAGACCACUCUGGCUAGAACUGUUUAUGACGAUUCAGUGAUCAUGUAUCAUUUCGAUAUUCGUGUUUGGCUUACAAUAUCGCAAGAUUAUAGUGCACGGAAAGUUCUUUUAGGCCUUGCACAUUCCAUGAAAUUGAUUCAUGAACACAUGUCUGGGGAGAUGGUUGAUGUUUCAGUGUUGGCAGUGGAAGUGUAUAGACACUUGAAGGGUAGGAGGUAUCUCGUGGUAAUGGAUGAUGUGUGGAGCACAAAGGUUUGGGAUGAUGUAAGGAAUGUAUUUCCGGAUGAUGGUAAUGGAAGUCGAAUCAUGUUAACCACAAGGCUAGCGGAUGUAGCCGUUUAUCCUAACUCCUCUAGUGCUCCUCAUGAGAUGAGGUUCAUGAAUGAUUCUCAAAGUUGGGAUUUGCUCAAGGGAAAGGUGUUUGUAGACAGCAAUUGCCCACCUGAAUUGGAAGAAGUUGGGAAAAAGAUUGCAAGAAGUUGUGGGGGACUACCCCUUGCUGUUGUCCUGGUUGCUGGAUUCUUGUCUGGAGUUGAUAAGAAUCCAUCUUCUUGGGAUGAAAUUUCCACAAAUGUAUUAAAUCCAAUUGUUGGUCAGGAGUUGGAGGAGAUACUAUCUUUGAGUUACACUCACUUGUCUCAUCAUCUGAGGCCGUGUUUUCUGUUUAUGGCAAUGUUUCCUGAAGAUGAAAGUAUCAGUGCUUCAAGGCUUAUUAGAUUAUGGUUAGCUUCAGGCUUCUUGAAGCAUCAAAAUAGAGGUAAAAGCUUGGAAGAGGAGGCAGAGGAGUAUUUGGAGGAUCUAGUCAGAGAGAAAUCUUGUAAUUGUGACUAG